GAUUUCCUUAACAUAGCCGGCCCGCUACCGACGAUGACGAGCGAAGCAAGGGUAGCGCCCUGGGAAGUUGCCAAGGUAUCCAUCGAGCUACGGAUCAAGCGCCUGCGAGCCAAAAAAGUUGGACCGAUCAACGCUCUCAGAGAAGCUGUGGAAAAACACAUCGAAGAACGCUACGGUGGUUGGCUGCAGAUAUACACGGACGGCUCUGUAAACAAGGCUAGAACAUCCAGCACGGCAGCUUUCUACAUCCCGGAGUUAGCCCUGGAAUGGUGCGGCAGGCUACAGGCGCCUACAUCCUCCACGACGGCCGAGCUAGUGGCUAUUGACAAGGCCCUCCAAGCGGCUGCCCAGCUGUCACCUCACCGGAUGGUGCUCCUCACCGACUCAAGUGGAUCCCAGGACACACUGGCAUUAAGGGCAACGAACGGGCUGACAGUCUGGCCGGUGAAGCUCACCUAGCGCCUCGCACUGUCCCCACACC